GUUCGAUAAAAAAGGGGGCAGGGGAGAAAACCUAAGCUCCAUCUACCUAGUAUACUCCUAUCUUGGACCUACCCCUUGAUGUCGCAUUAAGCGUAACCACAUAAAUGAAGCAUCCAUAAGUAAGAAGCGACCUAUAAUACGCGUCGCGAGUGCAGAUACCCCGCCCUCGACUGUAACCAAUAGCAUCAUCAAUUCGACAAUGUAAAAAAGCCCUCCCCAUUGAAUUUCUUGACUAGGUUACGUCAGAGUCUACGAUAUAAGCUCGAUUUCACAUCACUGGCGAUUUUUCGUAUAAUAAGCCAUACAUAGUCUUGAUAUCGAUCAGUCUACUAGAACCCUUCCAAAAUGCUAAACAAGAAAGUCAAGGCAGGCGUAGUACAUGCAGCACCUGUGUACAUGAACAAGGAGGAAAGCAUACGAAAAGUAAUCGAUCUGAUUUCCCAGGCGGCAGGCGAUUCAAUCGAGCUUCUCGCUUUUCCUGAGGUGUUCGUACCCGGAUUCCCCUAUUUCACGAACUGCUAUGCGCCGAACGCUGCUACUGUGACUCAGUACGCAGCGGAAAGCGUUGUAGUACCUGACGACUUGGACCCAAUACAAGGAGCAUGCCACGUAUAUAAGAUGGUCGUUGUUUUAGGCAUUUCUGAGCGCAUGCGUGGAGGGAACACUCUAUUCAACAGCAUCGUGACUAUUGAUGCGGACGGCACGAUCCUCGGCGUCCACCGCAAAGUGCAACCCACGUGGGCAGAACGGCUUGUGUGGGGUCAAGGGUCGGGUUACACGCUCAAGACGUACGAGCCUAAGGGAACUGGAUAUCGUAUUGGUGGGUUAGCUUGUUGGGAGCAUACCAUAAACGGAGCGAGGCAAGCUCUUAUCGACCAAGGGCAACACAUCCACGUUGGUUGUUGGCCGGCUCUCGAUAUUCUUGAAGGGUUCGAGGACUCGGCGACCUCGCAGAUCGAGGCAUUGAUGAAAACGCAUGCUUUAACAGCGCAGGUGUUCGUUCUAUGUCCUAGUAGCUACGUCGAUGAGACAUGUCUAGAGUGGAUGGAGAAGAACUUAGGACCGCAGGACAAAGUCAAGGCUGGUGGAGGUUGGACUGUCAUCAUCCAUCCGUUCUGCACAUUUGUGGCUGGCCCGUAUACAGCUAGUCAGGAUAAAAUCAUCGUCGCUGAGAUCGAUCUAUCGCAGUUAGAUCUAGUGAAGGCGUAUGUGGAUGGAGCAGGCCAUUAUAAGCGGCCCGAAAUCUUCAAGACGGACGUUGAUACGACGCAGAGGUGGAAGGACGAGCCGGAUAUAGUCGGUCCUAUCCCUGUAUAUUGGGAAAGGCAGUAAGCUACCUAGGUAUGUAUAGGUAGAUAUUCGCUUAGCUUCACCGUCGUAGCGUGAGAUGGUGGGGUUUUUUCGUGAGUCAAUGAGAAAUUAGCGGCAUCCGCAAUCGGCCGGGGAUAACUUGAAAUUGACUCUUCACGAUACCCACCAAUUACAUACAAGUAUGAAAUUAUAUAUCAAUAAUCAUGUAUCAUCCCGCCAGCCGUCUUAU